AUGAAAAGAUACCUUUACUUCAUGAUCUCUACUCUCAACAAGUUGGCAAUUCUGUAUAUAUACACAUAUGAUCCCAAUGUAUCGCAGUUUCAUAGUGGAAGGAUUCGUGCAUUAUGUCGAUAUGAUUGGUUUCGUAACCUUAAUAGUGGCAAACUUCUACUGUUAAUUCCCGUUUCGCGGGAUAAAGCGACACUUUUUUUAGCCAGAUUUAUUUGUUUCAUGAAAAACACGUUGAUUUUUGUUAUCAUGGGAUCUAGAUUAAGAGAAAAUGUCAAACAACUUUUUGAAUGUUUCUGUGAAGUAGCUGCGCCAAUAAGGGAGAAGCCAGCUUGGAUUCUCCAAAAAUAUCCCAAUUCCUUUUCAGAUGAAGAAAUACUGAAAUCUGUCCCUAAAUUUGCAUAUCCUUGUGAAUUUGAGAAUUUAUUAGUACAACAUUUUUCAUUUGUGCUCACUAGUAUAGAUUCAAAAUGGACUUUUGGAUUCUGCCGUCAUGAUCCUAAAACAGAAACAGCUUUAGUAGUUUUAAGUGCCCUUCCAUGGCACGAAACAUUUUACAAACUUUUGAAUCAUAUUGCAUCCUUAACCAGCAAUACUAGUGAAGAAGAUCCCUGGAAAUUUCUUGAAAUUAUAUAUACUUGUGGAGUGCCAGUACCUGGAAACUCCAUAUCUAUUCCUUUACCAAAUUCUACAGCGAAUUUUAUUUGUCAAAGCCCAAAACAGUUUCAAUUACCUAGUAUUCCUGAAAAUAGAAACUUGACUGAAUAUUAUAGUGCUAUAGAUUCGCACAAUAUGAUGAUGAUAUUCGCAUCUAUGUUAUACGAACGCCGUAUUAUUUUCAUUUCGAAACGUCUAUCGAGGUUGAGUGCAUGUGUACAAGCAUGCAACGCUUUAAUUUAUCCAAUGAUUUGGCAACAUAUAUACAUCCCUGUUUUACCGUUAUCAUUAAUAGAUUAUUUAUUGGCACCUAUGCCAUUCUUAAUUGGAGUACCUACACUAACGCUAAAGAAAGUACCGAAGAGUGAUUUAGGAGAAGUUGUUAUAUUAGAUGCUGAUAAUAACACAAUUGAGUCACCGUUUCAAGAUUUGGAAUCUUUACCUCAAGAUGUAAUGACGAAUUUAAAGAAAGCGUUACGCAAUAGAUCGACUCUUCUUGGAGAUGGCGUAUCAAGGGCAUUCCUGCGGGCAUUAGUGCAAUUAACCGCAGGUUAUAGAGAAGCAUUAACUUUGCAGCAGGGUGAGCGUAUCACGUUUAAUCAAAAUGCAUUUGUUGAAAGUAGACCAUCUUCCAUGCAACCCUUUUUACGAAAAAUGUUAGAAUUACAAAUUUUCCAACAAUUUAUAGAAGAAAGAUUAAAUAUGCUUAAUUCAGGACUAGGCUUCUCAGAUGAAUUCGAAAUGGAAGCCUGCAGUUAUUCGGCCAAAUCAAGUAAUAAAUUUAUACAACAAUAUAGGGAAUGGACUUACACUAUGCGAAAAGAAAGCUCCGCAUUUUUCCGUAGUGUAAAAGAUAAGGCCAAUCCAGCAGUAAAAUAUGCUGUUAGAUCAGUGAAAGAUAAAGGCAAAGAUAUGAAAACGGCAUAUAAAGGAUUGAAAUGGAAAGAGCUGAAAAUUCAGAAUUAUUACAUUUCGAACUCAGAUAUCACAAGUCCUCAGAAUCAUCCUGAAUAUAGCCAAGAUGGAAAACAGUAUUCACCUUUAAGCCCUAGUUCUCCUGAAGAAUCCGAUUCUCCAUUGGAGCGUAUAAAUAUAGAUCUUAUGCACGAACUUCAAGAUGUGAUAUUUCCAAAUAUUCCAGUUAUGGAUAAGACAGAUUCUUCUGACGUCCCAGAUUUAAUACGAUUAGAUUCAAUAAACAGCAAUGACGAUUUUGAUCCGCUUCUAUCUAAAUCUUCCGAAUUUUCGAGCACAAAACAGAUGAGUCAAUCAUUACAUUUACCUGAAAUGGGCGAAGGUCUUAGUAACCCCUUGUAUCCUUAUUUUCAACAACCAUCGCACAAAACUGACAAGCCAAAGACUUCCGAUAAUGUGGGUGAUACGGAUUUAUUACAAGCGUACGGUAUAGAUUUUAAUAAAUUUAGCUUAUCUAAUAGUGAUAAUUCAUUCACAAUAAACACUGCUGCUUGUAAUCAAAGUGACAACAGUAUUAAUGAUGCAAUGGACACAUUCAGUUUAACAUUGGAUGUACCUAUCAUUAAAUCACAAAAUAAUUGGACAAAGUUUGAGUAAAUUAUGUGUGAGCGCGUGCGUAUGUAUGUAUGUAUGUAUUGUACAUA